AUAAUAUUCUAAAGUGUUUUUAUUGAUUUUCAGACAUUUUCUAUUUGUUUACUACAGCAACCUCCACCCCCACCGAUGUUUUGUGCGGUCCGCCGUUUGACGAAUUUUAAGAUACAUGUAAAAUUAAAACAUCAAGGAAGUCAUCAGAGAUUAAUAGUCUACGCUAUUCUGGUUUUAUUGGGUGGCGUUAGUCGUUCUUGAGAGAGAAGAAAAAACAUUACGUUCUAUAUAAAACCACAUAUUUUCCUUAGCUUUGGAGUUAUGCCAAAGUUUUUAUGUUGAAUGCUGUUGUUGCUUUAGAAAUUUGAAUUGCUAAAAGAGAUGUCUUGGUUUCUGUUUAUAUUGUUAUUUAAAAAAUAGUACAUUCAGAAACACGGACUUGAAUUGUGAAAAUUCAGAACCUUUCAGAUGAUUUUUUAUAGACGUUUUAAUGUAUGUCGUUAUUAUUCUGUUGUCAUCAUAUUUAUUUUAAUGUGUUCUCUAUUUAUUUCAUUUUGGUUUCCAUUUUCUGUUCAGUUCGCAAUCGUUCACAAUUUUUUAGCUGGUGAAAUAGUGGAUUUCACCGGUGCCGAUAAUGAAACAGGAUUUGACACCUUUAUCAUCCCCAAUGUGGUUCAUUUUGUUAGGCUGGAAAAUCACCAGAUGAACUUUGUUGACAUGAUCUCUUUAAAAGCUGCCUUUCUUCACCAAAGCCCAGAAAAAGUUGUGAUACACUGUGAUUGUCAUACUCUUCACGGAAAAUACUGGGAAAUGGUUAAAGACUUACCAGGUUUAGAGAUUAAAUUCAUCCACAAACCUACUCAUGUUUUUGGCCAAAAAUUAAGUUCCGUUCACCACGCCUCUGAUAUUGCCCGACUAAAAAUCUUGAUGUCAGAGGGGGGAAUAUUUCUGGAGAACGAUGUUUAUAUUGUAAAACCUUUGGAUUCAUUUCUAAAAUUUGAAAUGGCAAUUGGAUGGCCACCAGAUCAACCUCUUGGAACGCAAGUGAUACUGGCUCAUAAGAAUGCCCGAUUCUUGAAGUUGUGGUAUCAAUCCUACAAGUAUUAUAAACCCGACAGAUUGUAUUACAAUGCAGGAGAACUCCCGACGCAAAUGAUACUCAGGAAACAACCAAACCUAGUACACCGAGUACCGUACGAAUUUGGUGUUCGUAAUCUAUCCUAUUUUUUGUACGGCGUUCACCGUACUGAUUGGGAGAAUUUUCACGCAAUUCACCUUUCUAGAAAUAAAGCUCAUCUUGCUUCCAACGUCAUGCGGGAAGAGUUUGAUGAAGAAAACAUCAAAACUUACAAUAAAACGUUUGGAGACAUGGCCAGGCUAGUUCUUUUUGGGAAAACUCAAAUGGUUGUGAAGUCGAAUUAAUAACACAUUUUAUAAAUGUAUUACAUGAAGUAAAAAUCGUUGUUUAUAUGUUUAAAUUCGAGUUAAAUUGUAUUAUUUUGUUAUCACUGUUGUAGUUUGAGGUCAAAGAUUUUUCUUAACAGUAGAAAUAAUAAGGUUAAAAGUAAAUGAAAAAUAAAGAUAUUUUUAUAAAUAUAAUUGAUUAAAAUAUUUCAGAUAAGAUGUUUAUAAAAUAAAUAUUUUAUUGUUUGAUACUUGAGGUUUUAUGUUGUAUAUUCUUGUAAUUUUAGUAGUAGCAAAAGUUCUCUGUGUAGGCCUGGUUCCUCUGUUUUUAUUGGGAUUAAGCCCUAUAACCCACGUGUGUAGUAUUAUUUAUUUUUUUGGCGAUGAUCCUGGUGUUCUUUCAAUUGUUACCCAAGUAUAAGCACAUCGUUUUCUCAAUCCGUUCACUUUAAGAAUCGGGCUGCUAGAUAUUUUAAUUUCAAGAAAGUUUUAAAACUUAACGACUGAGUGGAAAAUGUGUUUUUGAGGUUCUGACACUUUUUCUCAAGGAGUAGAACAGGAUAAAAUUAUAUGGGGGGGGGGGAGAAAGAGAGAAUAAAAUGUAAAACUAUUCUUUUUCUCAAACUUUUUUCUUACCAGUUUCGUAGCUUCGAUGGCUAUCUUAAGUAUUGUUUGUGUGUUUUUCGUUAAGCUGGUAUCGAAGCCCGAUUUUUAGUGUUUAAAGCCCUUGGUUUGUACAUUUUCUACAGUAUUAAGUCCUCUAUCAAUUACAUUCUUUGGAUAAUGACAACCAAUAGUAAAACUUUUAAUUAUCUUAAUAUACGUUUUCUAAAUUCUGGGCAGGAUCUGUAAUAAUAAUAAUAAAAAACUCUCAGUAAGAUAAUGUAAGAAUAUUUACUUUUAUACACAUAUGCGCGUCAGUUCAAGUUUCCUUUUGACCUCGAUAAACCAAAUUAACUUAACUGUAUUUCCUAUUAGGUCUUUAGAUUACAGCUUUUCACGCUAAAGUCGCCCAGGGCGCCAACAGACAAAUUUUCUGCUUUGUUAAUUAAAAAAAGAACUAGUGUUUACGAAUCAAAUACUCGAUGAAAUUGGGUGUCGUGGUGUACGUGAAACAAUAUACUAUGCCAACAUUUCAUGCUGAUGGUCUGGACUAUAUUUAGUUAGAGCUGUAAUUUACUCUGUACUGCUCAUUAAUCUACGCCACCUAUUGAAAAGAAAUUGAGACAGCAAGACAAUUCCGUAUAGUUUCGCCAUCUAGUAAUAAAUAUCUCAAACAAUAUUUUUAUUAUUAUACUGCUGUUACCUUUGUCGGUUUAAAUUUGUGUUCAUAAAAUACAAUAUUCAAAUAACUUUUAUAAGUAAAAAGUGUUAUUUUUUGUGACUAUGGUAACAAAAGAUUACGUUUGUGAUACGAAACUUAAACACAAAUAUUUAUUUUUUGCUUUCGUUAGACAACAAGUUUUCUGGACAUUUUUAUAUUUACUGGCACUUAUCAACAACAGUGUAGAAAUAGACGUUGAAUUUUUAAAAAAAUAUUCAAUUCUGAAAAUUUGGAACCAUAUUAUUUAUAAAAAGAAAUUUUAGUAUGUCGUUAAUGGGAGAGAAGACAGGACUACUGUCACUUAAAUCCCGA